GUGGCAACCUCAAUCGAUUCGCGGCAUUUUUCUGAAACUAACCGGGAUUAAAAUGGAAGAUUUCGAAAAAAUUGAAAAAAUAGGUGAGGGUACCUAUGGAGUUGUGUAUAAAGGCCGAAACCGAUUAACUGGUCAAAUUGUUGCCAUGAAAAAGAUUAGAUUGGAGUCUGACGAUGAAGGAGUACCAUCUACAGCGAUAAGAGAAAUCUCAUUACUUAAGGAACUUAAACACCGUAAUAUUGUCUGCUUGGAAGACGUACUUAUGGAAGAAAAUCGUAUAUACUUGAUUUUUGAAUUUCUAUCAAUGGACCUUAAAAAGUAUAUGGAUUCACUUCCUCCGGAGAAGCAUCUUAGUAGUCAACUGGUGAAAAGCUAUUUAUAUCAAAUAACGGAUGCUAUAUUGUUUUGCCAUCGUCGUCGGGUUCUACAUCGUGAUUUAAAGCCGCAAAAUCUCUUAAUUGACAGAAAUGGUAUCAUCAAAGUAGCUGAUUUCGGACUCGGUAGAUCUUUCGGUAUACCUGUACGCAUUUACACCCAUGAAAUUGUUACGCUUUGGUAUAGAGCUCCAGAGGUAUUGUUGGGCUCUCCACGAUACUCUUGUCCCGUUGACAUUUGGUCCAUUGGAUGUAUAUUUGCAGAAAUGGCUACUAGGAAGCCACUAUUUCAAGGUGAUUCGGAAAUUGACCAGUUAUUUCGAAUGUUCAGAAUUCUGAAAACGCCUACAGAAGAUAUAUGGCCAGGUGUAACAUCGCUUCCUGAUUACAAAAAUACAUUCCCAUGUUGGUCUACAAAUCAGUUAACUAGUCAGCUUAAAAAUCUCGACUCAGACGGUAUAGACCUAAUUCAGAGAAUGUUGGUUUAUGAUCCAGUGCAUCGGAUUUCAGCGAAGGACAUUUUGGAUCAUCCCUACUUUAAUGGAUUUAAAAUUGAUUGGCCUAUUUCAUAAGUGUGUUUAU